GAUGACAGAUAGAGAUAGAGCAAGGGAUGAGAGAGAGAGAGAGAUGCACAAUAAUCUGCCAAUACAGAUUGGGCCCGUCUCUUCUGCUCUAAUUCACUAGCAUCAUAAUAGCACCGGUCGAUAUAGCCCUUUUCUCUCUUUUUUUCUCCCCCUCUCCCUCUCUCCUCUCUCUCUCUCUCUCUCUCUGUCGGUUUCCGUUUACUCUCUACCUCUCUCGACCAAACACACACACGCGCCGUAGCGGCCAGCUUUCAUGCGUCCCUCCUCGCGCCGGCGAGUGGCCGCCUGGCUGCUCGCGCUGCCGUUGGGUAGAGGAGGAGAGGAGUGCGCGCGCCGCGGCCGCCUGGAGAUGAUCUCGUUUUGGCUGCUGUGCUGGAAACUGUUGAGAGCAACAACUGGGUUAAGGAGGAACACACCUGAGCUAACAGAGGGCAACCACGACAACAGUAGUUCAAGCAACGAUAAUUCUGACAACAACACACACAACUCUCCCACCACUGCACAUCCAGCAGAUCCUGUUACCAUGGAGAUCAGCUCUUCAACACCACUAGAAGACCUGGAAAGAGACAACUUAUUUAGCCACCAUAGCCAGGAAGUGGAUGAACGCCAUUGCCCAGAGGUCCAUGCAGUGGAUGAAGAGGCUGGAGAUAGAGAAAACGGAAAUGGAGACCAGUGUGAUUAUCUCGUCUUUGAGAUAGGAAAGGAAAAAGGGAGAGAGGGAAGAGCUGAAAGUGAAGCAGAGGAGGAGAGAGGAGACGAUGGAGAAGUCGAAAAGAGGGGAGAAAUAGAAGGAGAAGAAGAAGGAAGAGGAGAAACAGAGGGAGAAGUUGAAGGGAGAGUUGAACUGGCGAUACAAAAUGAAGAUAGAUGGAAAGUGGAUGGAGAUGAUGGAAUAACAGGAGAAAGAGAGACUGAUGACUUGAUGAGAGAAAUAGAGGGUGAAGAUGAAGGGAGAGAAAAUAUAGAUGGAGAGGACAGAGGCAGUGGAGAGACACUGGGAGAAGAUGGAGGCACAAAGGAAGAGGAUGGAUGGAUGGAAGGAAACGACGACCUUACAGACCUCCUCUUCAUCUCCAACACCUCACUGUGCCCCUUAUUAUUGGAGCCCAAUGUCGUCGCCUCAGUUCCUCCUGAGGGAACAGUGCAGGAGGCCUGGAGCCACGACCUUGGCAACAGAGAUGACCUUAGCGAUGGCCAUCUUAGUGACUGUCUCCAAGCAGAGCUGGCCAUUGUGUACUCAGACAGUGAUGCAGGAGAAGACCAAUGGGCUUCCUUCCCGCCCUGUGAUGUCACCAGCCAGGUUCAAGGAAGUGGAGGGAUUCUUGAUGGUACAUGUGACAGAGAGAGCAAUGAAGAGGGGAGGGAAGAGGAAGAGGAUACAAUUGAACCAGAAGCUGGAAAAGAAGAGCAGAAAGAGGAAGUGGAAGAGGAGCAGGAGGAGAGCAGGGGUAUUGGAAGUGUGGAUACUGAGCAGAUGAGGUCGAGGAGAGAUCUUUUCCUGCGGUCUCCGUCAGUCAGCUCCACAGCUAGCUCCACAGACCCCGAAAGGAGAGUUCCUGUAGACUUCUGUGUGCACCAGGAGAGUCAGAGUGAAAACGUCUCCACUGAGCAUGUGGACUUCCUGUUAGCCCGUCAGCAGUGGAAGAAAAUGGAGGAGGAGGUCAAAGGUCAGCCCAUCCCCAAACCAGGACUAAGAGCUCAGGGGAGCUUCCAAGGAACCCACACUUCACUGUACCCCCCCACUCGCAGCCCCCGACUUAAACACAGGGAAAUUCAACCCCCCGUGCCCAGGGAACCUCCUCUGUCCUCCACCCUGUCCCCCAGUUCAGAGGACUCAGGCCUGGAUGACUCGUCUUACCGCAGUCCCUUAGAGGAGCCAGAGAGUGCUGUGGAGAGGGAGAUCCGACUGACUCUAGAGAGAGAGGAACGGCACCGCAGGGAGAGGGGGAUGAUAGCACAGGGCCUGACUAUACCCAGACCGUCCUCCUUGCAGACAAGUCGAUCUCCACCCAGACCUCCGGCCUGCCGCACUCCUACUUUGUCUAUCUCUCCAUCACCUUCGUGCUCCUCUUCCCUCCCCCGAUCUAUCUACCAUGAAAUGACAGCCAAUAAUGUAAUCAUCUUGGAGCCUGAUUCCUCUAGCACCACAUCGAGGAAUCGUCUCAUCUCCUCUGCGAUUAGUGGCCUCUCUGACUGGCCGGCCAGCCUGGACGCGGUGCCCUCGGCCAACGUCAUUGUCGUGGAAACCUCCAACCUGAUCAUUCGCAGCGCCUCUGAAUUCUGCCUGAGCUCUGCCCCUGUGUCUGCAGAAACGCAGGAGAGCACCUUCUCAUCCAAUCCCUUUUUCAAAUUGCGCUCCCUUAGCAGCCAGUCGCUGGUUGAGCAAGAGAUCAAGGUGGUGAGGCAGAGGGAAGAGGAGUGGAGGAGGCAGAGGGAGGAGAUGUGGCGGAGGAGAAGAGAGGAGGAGUGGAGGAGAGGAAGAGAGAGGUAUGACACUGUUCUGGUGUCCCCGGGCCUGAAUGAUAACGUCAGUUACAAUGUGCCAGCGUUGGUUCCAGACAAAUGUGUCUCCUCCCCUUCGUCCCCCUCAAGGUCCCGCAAAAUGGAACGAUCCAGUUUGUCGUGUGAUCACAAGUGGUUUAGCUGAAUCUCCCCCUCCCUCCAGUUUCCCCCCUCCCUCUCUUCGGUGCCUCGACGACAGAACGCCAUGGCGCAGCGAUGGGAGGCCUCCCUAUUAGCCAAUCAGAAGAAGGAGUGAGCAGUGAUAAUCCUUGACUGUCAGCCAUUUCAAAAAGCCAAAAUGAAGUCCCACACCUGCUUCUUGCUCUGUCCAGACAACUCAAAUGGUCCACUCAGCAGCCAGUCUGCAGUGUAGGCUAGGAACCAAAAUGGCUGACACGUUUCCUGCGAGACGCCAUUAACAGAGGAAAGAGAAGUUUCCUUCAGUGACCAUGGUUUCCAAAGUUAUGGUAAUUUACUCUAUCUAAUGUGGAUUUCCAUAAUGUUGAAUUAUCUGGAAAAGUCUAAAGUCUUUAAAAGUCAAACUGUUCUUUUGCAUGAUAUGUGAAACAUUAUGGCACAUUGGAACUGCCUGGAACAUCACAUUUCCUUUAGCUAAAGUAAGCUGCUCCGCAUACAGUGUAUUCCCAGGAGGUUCCACAAUAAUAAGUGCUUAUAAAAGAUUAAGACCACCACUGUUUUUGACAUGCGCCAUUAAAAGUGAACUUCAGAAGCACGUGUCAAAAUCGGUGGCAUUUUCCUAUUUAUUUAAUAUUUACAGCACUUUUGUUUUGUAGAUGUUCACACAUUAGGGCACUAGUACAGCUAUUUAUUCAUAUUUAUAGAUUUUUAUCAGUAUGACUGAUGCAGUGCAGUGAUUUUCAAACCUUUUCUGGGUCACGUUUUAAUUUCAGUUUGUUUUGAUCAGCAUAUAUUCAAGUAACUUCAGUUGCAUUUUAAAAUCCUGCAGCUAUGCAUCCUAGAGAUUUGAGAAGGUACAUGCAAAAAUAACUGAGCAUGUGUUCUUUUUGAAUCACUAUUCACGUCUUUUAAAGGUGCCAACCCAGACUUUGAAAAUCACUGCCUCAGUGAAAUGUUAUAAUGAGCCAUUGAUCAAAAGAGUUUGGUCGUCCCAGGUUUUUCUUCUCAUUCACGUUGGCUAAACUGUGCUAGUUGCUCACUGAAGACCACUGAGUCACAGUCGCACAGAGGAGCUUUAAGCUUUUGUCUCAGUCGCCAUAAAAUGCUAUGUUGUAUGAAACAGCGUGUGGAGAUUUGUAAACAAAGUUGAUUGUAUUUUGCACAAAACCUACAUUUGAGCCUCUGCUUCUUUUAACCUUUUUGCAACUAACCGCUCAGUUUCAGAUUAGCUUCGGAUAGCAUGCUAGCUGAACUCAAUAAAAUGCAAUAUGGAUGCAUAUUGCAGGCACACAUUCACGCUGGGUCUGAGCACACCUUCCAAAUGUGUCGCCUCACCACCAUAAUGGAUUAAUGGAUGUCACUAGCACAGAUGCUGGGACAGUGGGUGCUGCAACUAAAGCUUCUGUUGGAUUGAUAGAACCUGGCCAAACUCUGUCCGUCUGUGGCUCACCUGUUUUAACAAACUGAGCACUUGUGAAAGAGUCCUGAUAUUUUAACCUUAAGGUGUAGUGAAGAUUUUUACAUAUUUUUAUGUCCUGUCCUGAUUCUUAUAAAAAGAGAUUUAUUGUAUUGUAUUUUUGCUGCAUAUAUUUAUGAACUGACCAAUGCUUCUAAAUCCCUAAAGCUCUUAUUUGUUUAUAAUCAUGUGAUAGAAUUCUUGGAAAUGUGAAGUUGCAAUGCUAUUUAGGAGAUGACUUUUUGUGUGAUGUGUAUAAGACCAGUCCAUUCUCCUUACACCAACUUUCAUUUGACUUCUGCAAUAUACAUCCAAAACAAGCUCAUUCACUGCUCACCCCCAAAAACAACAACAACAACAACAAAAAAAAACAACUCAGAAAUGCGAUGACUUCAGGGGGAAACCGAGUCAAAUGCUGACAAGAAAAGUUUCAGUUCAGCGUCACUAUUUACUGACUGUGCAAAAUGCACAAAACUGCGUUCAAGCUGUGAGUAACUGUGCAAGCUGUGUCUGCACAAAUUAUGUAGCUGGUUAUCCUCGUAGACUUUCAGCCCUAAAUGUUUCGAGGCAAAGCUCGUACUCAUUGUAAGAUUUGGUUGCUGUAAUGAAUCUGGAUGAAAGUAGUGAUGUUCCCGGAAACACCAGCCAGUCCAAACCUGGCACAAUGUUUGCUCCUUUUGUUCAGCUGCAUUGUCCAAACAGGUCAAAUAUUUGAAUUAAAUACAACAUUAAACCUGCAUACAGUUAUGUCAUAGCUAAAGCUACAAAUGUCAUUAACAGAGCAAUAAUUUUUAUAACUACUGGCAUUAGAGGGCCCAAAUAUAUCAAAAAGACUCUAAUGACUCAGAAAUAUUUUUUCUUCUUUCUUUUUUUUUUCAAAUCAACUAACGUUUAGGGAGAAACUGACAGUUUGAGAGUGGCUGUUGGUGGCAUUGCACUUUGAAGUACUUCUGCACUAGCUUCAACCUCAAGCCUUGGUAGCCACCACAUCAGCCACCCUCUCUGAACCCUCUGAUAUAUUGUCUUCAUAAUUGAAACAGUUCUAAAAUGAAUUUAAGCCUCCAGUCACUACCAAACCAGAAUUUAAAUGUAAGGCAUUUACUGUUUCUAACUGCACACCAUAAAUAUAAUUUCACACUAAUUUUUCCUGCCUGUAAAUGCAUGUAUGACCAACAAAAUCUGCUUCCUUUAGAUGGAAUUGCUAGAUGGAGUGAACGGCAAUAGCUUGAGGUUGUCAAACAACCUAUAGUCCACAUCUUAUUUAGUUUUAUGAAAAAGUCUAUAUUUUUGUUUGAGAAUUAAUGAAGGUUGAACUUAGUUUGUUAUAUUGUAUGAACAGGUGUUGCAUUUCGGUGGACUUGACAAAAUGUGUACAGUCCCUCCAAAGCUUCAACCUGUGACAGUACGUUGACUUUGCAGUAAGAGCUGUCAUGUCAAAUACAGGGAGAUGUAAAGCUCAGCAUGUUGUUUUGUCACUGUGUUAGAUAUACUGUAUGAUAGCACCUAUUACACACUACUGUAUGCUCAGUGUUUUCCCUUUGAUUUUAUGGUAGCUGGGAACUUGUAUUCACAUCCAUACCUGUUUUUGUUUGUUUUCUUGGUUCCAGGUUUAGUUUAGAUGCGAUUUGUGGCAUCACUACUAUUUAACACACAUUAUUAGCAUUAGUUGAGAGACAGUGCAUUUAGUCACGUUUUCAGUUUUCUUGCCACUUUUUGGGGAAUGUGGAGGCCACUUGCUGGGAUAAUCUCUAUGGACUGUUUUCCUCAGUAGUGUCAUCUACUAUGACUCUGUUUGUUUGCCUUGAGUUUCAGUUAUUCAUUAUUGCCAAAUGAAAGGUCUGGUAAUCUUCAAUAAAGCGUGUGACUACUGACUUCCA